AUGCUCGCGCUCACCCGCACGGCCAUCGGAUCGAGCCCGCGCGUCGGCGCGCCGCGCGUCCGCGCGCGCGCCGCGCCCGUCGCGACCGCGCCUCCGACGGCGCUUCCGAGGAGACGAACGUCGACGACGUCGACGCGAACGCGAACGCGCGCGGCCGUCGUCGCCGCCGCCGCGGGCGCGGGCGCGGGCGCGGGCGCGGGCGCGUCCGCGGCCAUCCCGCAGAUCGCCGCCGCGAAGAAAGCCGCGGCGGCGACGGUCGUCGCGGCGACGCCCACGCUCGCGUACACGCUCUCCACCGUCGUCGGCUCGAACCUGGCGUUCCCCGCGCUCUGGGCGCUCACCGCGCUCCCGUGCUGCCUCGCGUUCGUCAACCCGGUCUACGUCUUCAGCGUCGGGUACGGCCUCGCCGUGGCGUACGCGGGCGCGGGUCUCCUCGCGCUCGCGUCCCUCGCCGGGAUGACGAUCCCGAAGCUCGUGGCGUAUCACUGCGUCGGCGCCGUGGUUUACGGCGUGCGUUUAGCCGCGUUUCUCGCGUGGCGCUCGGUCACGUGGGACCAGUGGGGGAAGCGCGCGGAGAAAGCGCCGGAGGCGAGGGCGAAGAGCCUCGCGGCUCGCGUGCCCGUCGUGUUGUGCUGCUCGCUUCUGUACGCGUGCAUGUGCUCGCCGAUGGUGUUCCACGUCAAGGUCGCGCACGCGAUCGGCGCGGAGUACGGUCGCGUCGUAGGAUUCGGCCUCGCGGUACAGUGGUGCGGGCUGCUCCUCGAAGCGCUCGCGGACCACACGAAGAGCGCGUAUAAGAUGUCCGAGGAAGGGAAGAACCGGUGGUGCGACGUCGGCGUGUAUCAGCGGUGCCGGCACCCGAACUACCUCGGCGAGGUGUUGUUCUGGGUGGGCCUCUACGUCGCGGGAGCGCCCGCGAUGCUCGUCUACGGCGCGGUUUCGUUCGCGCCCGCGACGUUAGGGUUGGUCUUCAUCGUGUGGCUGAUGACGAGCCAGUGCGCGAAGCAGGACGAAAAGCAGGCGGAGAGGUACGGAGAGAAUCCGGAGUACAACGCGUGGGUCGCGAACUCCGGCUCGUUGACGAUCAAGUAG